UUGUUUGUUAAAUCGGAUACUAAUUUGGUCAGCAGCUUCCCUCGGUCAUCGGUGCAGUGGAUUUUUCCGCAAAUUAAAAUAAUGUUAAAAAACGCAUUAAAUGUUGUUCGAUAUCAUGGUGUCUAUGCAUGGAGAGACAUAGUUCACAAAAAGCUUCUGCCAUCUAUGUUUGUCCAGCAAGUUCGUCAUUAUGAUGAUUUUGAUACUGAAUUUGAGCAGAUGAAGACACAGCAAGUUGCAGACCAAGAGAUUCCUCCAGCCAAAGACUCCACCUUCUAUGAGAUGAUGAACUUCAAAGUGCAGGGCUAUGAUUGCACUCUGGUGGAACACUUUGCUCAGUAUGCCCACAACCUUGCUAAGAACAUGGAGCUCAACAUCUUUGACAACUAUGCAAUGCCGACCAAAGCAACUCUGAUACACACAAUACAGAAGCCAGGUACACCUGAGAAAGAGAAAGUCAGAGACUUCACUUUACAAACACAUGAAAGGGUACUACAGAUACAAGAUCUUCCAAGCAUGACAGCUCCACUCUUCACUGAGCUGCUGCAGCUGAACCUACCUGAAGGUGUACAGAUGAAGAUAGAGCCUCACACGCAAGAGCACUUCAAGGAGCGCUACAUCAGGAAAGAAAUUCCAGACUCAUUAUUAUGAAGACCUGAUCAAAAUCAUAGCAGCAGAGACUAUGAUGUCGUCAAGCCAAGCUUUUGGCUCGGGAAAGACAUUGUAUAUUAUACAGAGCAUGGAUACAGUGCAGGAAGCGCAAGGAAAUUAUCAGUAUUGUGGAGGACACUACUAACUGUGACAAGUUUGACUGAACCUCAGUGUGCCAGAAUUUGUACAAACUAUGGACAUCCCUUACAUAUGAUUAUGUAACUGUGAUCUCAUGGCAGAUGCUAUGUCAAUGGGCUCUUCUUACAGAUUUGGAGAGGAAAGAUGCAUUCAUGUUUCUUCAGUCAUGAAAUUCCAGGGUUUAUAAAUUCUUGAUCAAUGGAAAGAGUAAUGUCACUUUUAUUUUUGAUUAAGCAAUGAAUUGGUACUGUAAUUAAAAAAAAAAAAGGGUCUACCGGAAAGUAUGAAGAUUAUUGAACAAAUAAAAUCAAAGUUGACUACAACAUUUUGUAAGGAUUUUUAGGAAUUGAGAAUUGGCAUUUUACCAAUGCAUCUAUCUUUUAAAAUGAGUAAUAAAUGAUUGCUUGAUUGUUUCAGCUUUCCAUCAUGA